CGAAAGUCUCCGUCUCUUAUCGUUUUUAACGCUUGUCGGAACUCAUCUUCGUGUUGUCAAUACACACGUCUUAUUUCUACUUAUCUUGAAACUAUUCCCUGUCGAACUCAUUGCCAGUUUUACAAACAUCCCUCACCUCCACAAGAAAUCGUAUAACCACUCCGGUCCGCACGAUCCUAUCGGAAUAUUAUUUGAUCUACCUAUUGCCUGCCUUAGACUCACUGACUUCUCAUCACUAAAAGGUAAUAGCAUGAGUUUCCAAAGCCCAACAUAUCAACUCAGCGGUACACAUCUCGUUCAUGGUGAUCGCGGACCAGGAACUGAAGUAGCUCCUUCUGUCUCUGUCACCUCACCGUUCAGAAUUGUGUCUCAUGGCGAUCCCAAGGGCCAUGGAGCGAUGGAUCCUGAGAAACAUAUCUAUUCCCGCUAUUCGCAAGAUGUCACAUCGAGGGUGGAACAGAUCUUGAGCAAAGUUAAUCACGGAUAUGCAGUCACCUAUGCAUCAGGAUUGGCUGCUGUAUUUUCUGCUCUUGUCCACUUCAAACCCAAACGCAUUGCGAUUUCCAGAGGAUACACGGGCUGUCACGGCGCCAUAUCCACUUACACAAAAGGGAGGUUUGCUGAUACCCCGAUCGUUGGCCUAGACGACGAAUUCCAAGAGGGAGAUCUCUGCUGGCUCGAGAGUCCCUUGCACCCUACGGGCGAAUCGAGAAAUAUUCAAUAUUAUGCGGACAAGAUCCAUGCUGUCGGAGGGAAGUUGUUGGUAGAUUCGACUCUUGGUCCUCCGCCUCUUCAAUACCCAUUCAAAUGGGGGGCAGACUGCGUACUUCACUCCGGAAUCAAGUACUUUGCAGGCCACUCAGAUCUGUUCUGUGGAAUACUUAUCGUCAGGACCGAGGAUGAACGUAAACAGCUCUGGCACGACCGUGCGCACAUGGGAAAUAUAAUGGGGUCCAUGGAUUCUUGGCUUUUAAUACGAUCCCUUCGAACGAUGCAUCUGCGUGUCUCAAGGCAAUCAGGCAAGUGGCACGGAACUCCCAUUGUUCCAGAGGGUCAGGAGUACGAUGGUAUUCCCGGUGGGGUGAUCACCAAAGUUUGGCACUCGAGCCUUCAGGAGACUGAUGGCGAUGGGUUUAACCCUUCGGUACAAAUGGAAGGUGGAUUCAAUGCCUAUUUCUCACUCUUGCUUUCAAAAGAAGAGUACGCGGAGAAGCUUCCGCACUCACUGGAGCAUUUUCAUGUGCCGGCAACUAGUCUUGGUGGUGUUGAGUCUUUGGCACAGCAGUACAUCAGGGUGGAUCCGAAGGAAAAUCCCCUUCUCGUAUCCCUAAGCAUUGGUGUAGAAGAAGUGGAGGACCUGAAGAACGAUUUGCGAAGGGCACUGGUGGAGAUAUCGAAAGGAGUUUAAAGCGAACAGUGCAUGGAAGUCAUACCGUUUGUGAAAUGGCUGGAACAGUGUACAAACUAGUGAUGAGUUUAAAGUAAAUGUUACUUUCAGAAGGCUUUGCCAAACAGAACUACACA